CUCAAUACUAUGGAUUUUAACUUCAAAAGUCAUUCUAAUAAACAUGAUUCUGGUGUACGAUGUUAUUAUGUGUCUAGGAAAUUCCUCUCUCUUCAAAAAGGAAAAAAAAAAAUUGUACCAUGGCAUAUAAACAAGGAAAAAAAAGUAAUUGGGGAGAACUAUCGUAAUCAACGUUGUAGAAACAUGUGCUGAAUUUUUUUCUUGUCACGAAGAGAAGCUUUCUCGCAGUCGAAAUUUGUGCAACCUCCUCAGCCUCCUUAGCAAACCCCCUCCUUGGUGAAGCCUUCAAAAACAUGUCCCACCCCUAUUUAUUACUUGUUUCCUCUUUUGGCAUGUCAACAUAGUCCUUCUCUGAGAGUCCCAUGACUCUAUAAGCAAAGCAAAAGUAAGGAAGACGCUCAUACUAUAUUUCACCUUCACUUUGUUACCACUCUUUUCUUUCAUCCAUUGAUAACGUCGAAGGGGUUUAUGAACAUCAAUCAUCAUUUGAACUCGACGAUAACGGUUAAGCCCUAUUUCCAGAUCUGAAGGAUUCCCGGCGAGAUCUGAUUUCCUAAUAAGAGUAGAAGAAAUGACGGCUGUUUCUGUUCAUAAGUUUGCUCAGUGUAUCACUUGUCAUGCCUGGAGUCCUGACCAUUCAAUGAUUGCUGUAUGCCCAAAUACUGAAGAAGUCCACAUAUAUCAAUCAUCGGCCGACAAAUGGGAAAAAAUACAUGUCCUUCAAAAGCAUGAUCAAGUUGUAUGCGGUAUAGACUGGAGCUCAAACAUGAACAAAAUCGUGACUGUUUCUCAUGAUCGAAAUUCGUAUGUUUGGCACCAUGAAGGAGGUGAAUGGGUUCCAACACUAGUUAUUCUAAGACUAAACCGUGCUGCCCUAUGUGUGCAAUGGAGUCCGAAAGAAAACAAGUUUGCUGUUGGUAGUGGAGCUAAGACAGUUUGCAUAUGCUACUACGAGCAAGAAAACAACUGGUGGGUCAGUAAACUUAUAAGGAAAAAGCACAACUCUUCUGUGACAAGUGUUGCCUGGCAUCCCAAUAAUAUUCUUUUGGCAACAACGUCAACAGAUGGAAAAUGCAGAAUAUUUUCCACUUUUAUCAAGGGUGUUGAUACAAGGAAUUCUGAAGCUGGCUCUUCAUCUGAUACAAAAUUUGGAGAGCAAAUUCUACAGCUUGAUCUUUCAUAUUCAUGGGCAUUUGGUGUAAAGUGGUCUCCUAGUGGCAACACUCUAGCUUAUGUUGGUCAUAACUCAAUGAUAUACUUUGUUGAUGAUGUUGGUCCGUCACCUUUGGCACAAAGUGUCGCAUUCCGCGAUUUGCCUCUCCGUGAUGUCUAUUUUGUGUCUGAAAAGAUGGUCAUAGGUGUGGGAUUUGACUGCAAUCCUAUGGUUUUUGCUGCAGAUGAAAGUGGGUUGUGGAGCUUUAUUAGAUUUCUUGGUCAAAAGCAGACAACUCCAACGAAUGCAAGGGCUGGUUCUCAGAUUUCAGGAGCAUUUGGAAAACUAUAUGGUCAUUCAAAGUACAACAAUGUCGAUAAUGGCAAUGAUUCUUACUCGAGUGGAUGUGCUCAUGAUAACUGCAUUACCUGCAUUGUGCCAUUGAAAAAGGGAAGAGACUCAAAAGUGACGCGCUUCAGUACUUCAGGACUUGAUGGUAAGGUGGUUAUUUGGGAUUUGGAAGGCCAAGACCUGGCAGACUAUUACUGAAACAGACAGAAGAUUUUGGGUCUUGUGAGGACGCUAAUGAGUUUGGAGCUUAUAGAACUAUUAUCUGUAAAUCAGAUCUUUUCUCAGGUAAAGAAGCUGAUUUCCCAGCUGCUGCAUCCAGUGACAGGAACAGAAUAUCUCUGUAAUUGAUGCAGAUUUCGGGUAUAUGAGAAGUACGGAGUAGAUAUAGUUAUACUGUUUGAAAGUAUAUUUGUAGGUCCAAAAGAAAAACAUUCUUGUUUUGAUGAUGCUGUUACUUUUCCUUCAUAUGAAAUACAUUCUCGGUGUUGUUGUUACUUA